AUGGUUGUUGACUCGAAAAGAAAAAAACAAAAUACUUCAUAUUAUUCAAGAAAUGGAUGUCUGCAAUGUAAGAAAGCACAUACAAAAUGUGAUGAAGGAAAGCCU